AUGAGUGAUCCAUUGAUCAUCGUUCCACAAAUAACCAGUCCUUGGAAGCCUUUAUCUUUAGUAAUAGCUAUGGGAACUUUCGCUACUCUAGUGAUAAUCGGCAUGGCAUUGGGCUUAGGCUUAGUAGCAGUCUGUCUGAAUGUUUUUGGGCAAUCGACAACUUUGUCAACGGGUGUUGGCCCAAUUUCUAUCACAUCUGGCUAUUUUAACAAUGAUACACGAUUAGAUUUGGCUGUAGCCAAUAACGUCAGUAACAAUAUCGGCGUGUUUCUUGGUAAUGGUGAUGGUACCUUCCAAAAUCAGGUUACUUAUUUAGCUGGCAAACUGCCAUUCCAGAUAAUAACAAGUGAUUUGAAUAGUGAUAAUAUAACGGAUCUCGUCACGGUAGACUUUGGUGACAACCUGGUCAAUGUGCUACUUGGUAUUGGCAAUGGUUCAUUUAAGAAUGGGACAACUUAUAAUAUAGGUUCAGCUUCUACUUCUGUGGCAUCGGGUGAUUUUAAUAAUGAUAAUAGACAAGAUCUGGCUGUUACCUUGACAAGUGGUAAUGUCAGUAUUCUCCUUGGCAAUGGGGAUGGAAGCUUUCAAAAUCAAAUCUUAUAUCCAACAGGUACAGGUCCAUUAUCUGCAAUAUCUGAUAAUUUCAAUAAUGAUUCCAACCUUGAUCUUGCUUUUGUGAAUUUUGGCAAUAACAAUCUUGCCGUGCUAUUUGGUAAUGGUCGUGGAAGUUUUUCGUUUCAGACAACAUAUUCAACAGACUCGGGACCCGACUCCGUGGUAUCGAGUGAUUUUAAUAAUGAUGGAAAGAUAGAUCUCGCCGUAAUGAGCUUUACUAAUAAUACUGUAAUUGUACUACUUGGCGAAGGUAACGGAAAUUUUCAGAGGAAGGUGACAUAUUCGACAGGCCAAGGCCCGUUUCAAAUCAAAGCGGGUGAUCUCAACAAUGAUGGAAAUAUAGAUCUAGCUGUAAGUAAUGCGCUAAGUAACAAUAUCGGCGUGUUUCUUGGUAAUGGUGAUGGUACUUUUCGCAAUCAGCAGACAUAUACAAUAGGCAGUGGUCCAUCGGGUCUAGUACUGGGCGAUUUCAAUACGGAUGGAAAACUGGAUCUUGCUGUGAAUAGUUAUGAUGCCAAUAGUACUACAAUUUUUCUGAACUUAUGUCCAUAA